UGAAGAAGGGUCUAGGCCCGAACCGUCGGCCUUCCUGCUGCUUGGCCUGCUGUGUUCAUCCGGCUCGACACCUUGUUCUCUCAGACCACGUGAGCGAACGAGUUUGGCGUGUUUGAGUCUGACUGGGAAAAAAACCUUGAAAGUGCCGUUAUUUUUUGCAUGGCAAGCUGCUGAAUACGAACCAGUCUCACACCAUUGCCAUCACCUUGCCCUUGUGAAAGCAGAUAUGGAUAAAGUUUUCCAAGCUGAUAGAAAAUUGAAAGCACUCACAUCCUGUGACGAUGCCAUGACCAAGGAGAACCAAUUCUGCCUGGGAGAAGAAAGGCAGGAGACAGAAUGAUUAGGGAUUGUUUAGCGAGAGGAACCGUGCUAUGAUGUGCAUCCAGAUAUGAUGCUUUCUAUGGUACAUCAAUGAACGUAGUCCGUGUGGACACACCGAAUUGCCUUAGCCUCCUGGGAAGUAGAGGCAUUGGUAUGCUUUUUUGCCCAUUGCGACAAUCUGUUUGGACAGCAUUUAUCACGGUCACGGAUGUGACUCCAGAAUGGCGUAUUAACCAGGUCAACAAUGUCAUGAAGGGUAUCAUGAAGGAGGAGGUCUGUAAGACACAGCUCGAUGUACACCUUGGUAAGAUGAGUGAUGGGGUCUUGCAUCGAGUCUUCCGAGAGCUAGGCAGUGGAUUACAUAGCAGGACCUCUAAAGUUGCAAUCUCUGGAUUAUUCCUGGUGCCACAUGCUGAGAAGACAAGAAAAAGGGGAAGAAAACAGAUGAAUGCUUUGCUCACGUGUUUGUGUUCGGGGAAGGAUUUAGACUCCCGGAUCUGAAGGAAAACCUGCGGGGAUGGUGUAUCCUCUACAAGUGGGCUGGUCUGCAGCUGAACCGGAAAGGAGCCAAAAUCUUUGCACAAGGGUUUGCUAAUGUUGUGAGGAAUUUCGGCUAUGGACGUCCAAGCAGUGGGCAAUUGCAGAUUGUGAUGUUGGUAACUGGAAAGCCUCCAUUGUUGGAGGACGAGAAGCCGUAUCCAAUUGAAGCAGCACAGGCUUCUGCGAUGACUGUGGAAACCACUGCUUAUGCCUUGCUUCAAGCAUUGUCAAGGAAUGAUAUUGACUACGCAACAUGGAUUGCGAGGCGGCUAACGAUGCAACAGAACUAUGGUGGUGGAUUUCACUCGAUGCAGGACACAAUCAUUGCCUUGGAAGUUUCAUCACGAUGCGACAUUGCAUUUCUGAAGAGGGAAGAAGAAAUCAAUAUGCAAAUUCAAUUCCAUGUUUUUGGAAGUCCCAUUGAGAACACGAUUCAUUUGCGCCGGCAUAAUGCUCUGACUGAGAAAGAAUUGAAGUUUCCACUUGGAAGAAAGAUUCACAUCAAAUUGACUGGUCAAGGAAGUGGGACACUGACUGGUGGAGUUAGUGGAACCGAAAAAGAUGUCUCCCUCACAGCGUUCGUGACAAAAGAAUUGCAUUGUUCCUUGGCGGCCUUUCAACAGAAGAAUAUUCAGAGAUUUCCGGAGUGGUCCUUAUGGGAACAGGAAAAAUGACAAGCUGGAAAAUUUUGCAAGUAAUCUUUGGGCCAGCCUGGAAUCUUCCCAUCCUCUGGCCAUGACCUUGUGACCCUGCUUGGAGGUUGUAG